UACGAUAAUUGAAGAUUUUCUCUCUCUUUCUCGCUUUCGUUCUUCUAAAUCUCUUAUGUUGAAAGAAUCUCAAAAGUGGUUUAAAAAGAACCACUUACUUACGUUUGUCAACUAACUGUUUUAAUUAAAAUAAAUACGAAGGAGAGUAAUCGGCGUUUAUAACCGCUUCGCGCGGUUCAAUUAUCAAAACUUAAACUAACUUGCGUCAACUCAUCGGAACUUUGCAGUGUCAAGAGGCAAGAUUGCGACGCUCGUUUAGCUCUUUAAUACUUAAGGAAAAAGUUAGUUCCUCGCUGAUUUGUAAAUCGUGUAAUGUGUUUCAGACGUCGGCGCGACUGUGCGGCGAAGAAUCUGAAAACGCUUCGUUAAAGCAAAUCGCGGGAAACUCGCGCGAUAAUUGUUGUGACUUUACUUGCGGUGGUCUACGUGAUCGAUCUACGUGAUUCUUUUCUUGCGCAGCGAGCUCGCUUAAAAAAAAAACGGUCGCGAUGGUGUCGCGCGGAAUGAUCAUCAUUCGCGUCGCGGAUUCGGACGAGGACAAAGAGAGCUCAGCGCCUUCGUGUUCGCUGCUGUCGUCGCACACUCACAGCGGACUGAGGUGUAUCAUCUUGCACUCCCAAAGACAUAUCGCUUAUCCACCAUAAGGGGUCAAAGGUGAUGGCACGUAUGACGUGCCCGCGACAAAACAUGGCGAACACGACUGAUUCACCCGCGACGGCCGGCGGCAGCCUCCUUUCGUCCUCGACGACGACGCCGUUUUCCACCUCGUCGACAUCGGCGGCGACUUAUUCGAGCGAGGGCUACACCUUCAAUUAUAGCGGUCUGCCGAAUCUGGGCGGCUACUCGCUGGACGAUUUCAACUACACGGAACUGUGGUUGGACGUCUGGAACGGCACUGAGGUCAGCAACGUCACCGAGAGACUGAACGCGACGGUGUUGUCACCGGGUGGCUAUUGCGAUGAAUGGGAGGCUGCUCAGCACAAACUCUUCCAGGCAGCAAAUUUAUUUUUCGCGGCUGCGUUUCUGGUGCCGCGCUCGUUCAAGGCUUCCGUCUUGGCUCUUCGCACGUUUCUCACGGCGGGUUUCAUGCUGGCUGCUCUCUGGGCCGGGUUCACCAUAUGCGCUCUGGACGCCAUGUUAUGGUGCUUGGCCCUCGGUCUGUUAAACGGCAUUCACUCCUUGAUACUCGCCUGUCGAUUUCUGCCCCCGGCUCUCAGCCCCGAACUAGCCGAACUCUAUUUGAAGCUCUUCAAACCCUACAAGGUCAGCAAAAAGCAUUUCCAAGAGCUGGCGAAGGAGGCGAGGAUACUCAAGCUGGAUUCCGACCAGACCUACGCGACGGAAGGGGUCACGCCGGCGGACAGGAGGCUGUCCAUUCUUUUGCGUGGGAAAUUGAAGGUGACGUGUGACGGGACACACUUGCACUACAUCAGAGCCUAUCAAUUCGUCGAUUCGCCCGAAUGGGAGGCCACGCAUGAAAGCGACGCCGACGUCUUCCAGGUGACGAUACGAGCCGAGGAGCCCAGUACGUAUAUCUGUUGGACGAGAAUGAAGUUACUCAGGGUGCUCCGGCACAGGCCGUUGCUCAAGGUUGUUAUCAACACCCUCAUCGGUAAGGACAUUACGUCCAAGUUGUACGCCCUUAACGAGCAACUCGCUGGUGUCGCGACCGCCAGUGAGAACGCCACGUCGAAUCCUUACAGGGGGGUCCCGAGAAGCCUCAGCGUCGACGCCGUUAAUAUGGAAACCGCCGGAAGGGUUCGAUCGGCAACCUGGAAGACGCAGAGGCAAUACAACUCGCGUGGUGACAGGAACUCCUCGGCCCGGUUUUCGCACCAGUACUGGCCGCCGGUAGUGCCGAACCACUUCCCGCCGACCUCGCCGUUCGUUCAAAGCCAAAACCUCGGCUACUCGUUACUGCCGCAGGGUGUCCAGUUCUCGCCGCCUCCGCGAGCACCCGCGUCGACCUACCACUCGCCUGUGGCGCGACAACGGAGCGGGGGUGCUGGCGGCGAUUACACCCUGCUACCUCAGACACCGAAGCUCGAGAGGAAACGAUCGAGAAAAGGGACUCGAGAAGUGACCUUCGAGACCCCAGUAUGACGCUCGCCCGACGGGGAAGGGCCUGCCAGCGUGCCUCUACUCUCACUGUCGCCGCAACGCUCCGCCUAGCCCCGUCGUGGUCUCGUCGUCAUCCUCAGGCACGCCGCAAAACUCACCCUUUGAACUUCCGGUCGGCGCGAUACCGAUGAAUGGCCUACUUCCUCGGGAAGAGAGAACGCCACGGUACCGCGCUUCGGUGCCACGAGAAUUCUUAGUACCGCGGAGCCGCGGGGGGGACGAAGUCGCUGGGCGUAGUUUUGACGUGUCCGAUUGAUUUUCAUAUCCUGCAAGUGCCACGCUUUACCAGAGACACGCACGCACGUGUGAAAUCGAAACCGCGAUGGCGGCCGUUGAGAAAAGGAAAAUACUCCGGUGUCCCUCGACCGCACUUUGGGACGUCCGUCAAAGCCACGAGGUGGAAAUUCGAUCGAGAAUUUGAGAGGAACGUGAAUCGUUCACGAGUUGACAGGAGAAGUAGGAAUAAGCGAUAAGGGGGGGGGGGGAGAUCGUAAAACGAAAGAUUAAAUAUAGAUAUAUUGUAUUAAUGAGCAUCGCCUCUGUGUACACUUUUACAUCGACUGUGAUUACAACGGAUAUAAUUAAGUCUUUCAGAGAAACGCUGAUUAUAUACACAUACAGAAAAAAAAAACACGCGCGUAAAUAGCUGCCGCAGUAAUCACACACGCAUAUCUCGCGUUUGCGUGAGUCGGGAUGUCCUUCGCGCGUGACAAUUUCUGAAUUUCGUGAUACCGUUGCACUCAAAGGUUCCUAACUCUACAGACUUUCAUCCCGCUCUGUUAUCUGCGCUUCCGUGCGAACGCGCCUUUCAUUCGUUUAUAUGCAAGGAUCGAUUUCACAAAUUGCUUAAAAUAUAUGAAUCGUUGCGCAAUUGUGAAACAAUAACACUUGAUUGCCACGUAUUGCUAGUGAAGGACAUCCGAACACCGUAAACAGCUCGGCAUCGUUGUAUAAAAUUAGUGCAUAAAAUGCGCAUUCACGAUAAAUGUGAUAUGUCGAGAAAACACGCAGCAAUUUCUAUCCAACACCGGCGUACGGAAAAUUGCAUUUGCACAUCCCUUAUUCAAAUGUAAAAUGCGUUAGAUAAAUAAAAGAGAAAAAAAAACUAAAAGUGAAAUGGGAAAACAAGCCGCAUAAACCGGGUGUAAAAAAACAAAUAAGUGCUUUGUUAAAAAAAAAAAGAAACCUGCAAUAAAGUGCUUCGAAAAACGUAGUUGUUGGCGAGAUGCAAAUUAUAAAAAGCAAAGUUUAAUUAUUCGCGCAGAUUAAACGGAAAAAAAAGCUAACAUGCGUUGUGCGUGACACGUAGUAGAAAAAAAAAUCAUGUGUGUUUGUAUGUUUCUAUGUUUAUAUAAUCACCGCGUGUGAGAGUGAAGCCGUAGAAGAUCAAUAAAGACGCACAAACGAUUAAACAAAAAGAAAACCGUGGAAGGGAUAAAAUUAAAUAAAACGGCUGUGUAGAGUCGAGUGUAAAUGUUAAACACAAAAGUGGCUGUAGAGUAUUGUAAUGUUACGAAGGGUUUUACGAAGUUCUAAGAGGCGCACGUCGGAAAGGAUCGUCGUUGUUGAGAAUUAUUUUUGUCGGAACAAACGAGACUGUUCAUUAGACUGAUAUUCUACCGUUAUUACCAUUAGUUGCUUUCGUAAAAGCUGUUUUAUACAGAAAGUAUAGAAAUUUUGUAUAAAAACUUGAAUUGCAUUAAAACGACUUAUAAUUGCAACAAUCAAAAUUUGAAAAAGACUGAGUUGCUGCUAUAAUUCGGUUAGUUUCGAAUGUUAUUUGCGAUAAUAUUUAAAUUUGAUAUGCUAAAUUGUUUUUAGAACUAUAUUACAAACUUGGAAAAUUCUUGUUUGCAAACCUGAUCUAUUUUCCGACGUAGACAAGAGCCUAAAGUGCGAAAGAAUCCGCUUGAGUGAUCUUUGUCGACGUUGUGUCAAGAGAAUAAGCGAAAUUGCGCAAGAUGGACUGCAGCAGCGACACAUCAACAUCACGGCGACAUUGUAUGUUAUUAUUAUUUACAAUAUGUUCGUUGACUAUUGCGUUAGAAAUAAAAACUACAUUAAAAAAUA